AGGCUCUAAAAAGGAAAAAAAAAAAAAGGAAAAACCCCAAUCAUCUUGGAUAACACAGGAUUGUCACAAACCUUCAAUUUGCAAAAAAAAGAAAUGCAGUGUUUUCCAAGCCCAGUAAAGCAAGGUGUGCCUGUACACAUAUAUGUUCAUAUGUUUAUGUGUAGUCAAUACCCAUCAAAUAGGUACAUGUAGUUUAAGUACUAAAAAGACACGUGUUACUCUUCCCUGUUCAUCUGGAAUUCACUGUCUCGCGGCAUCGUGUGUGUUUCUUUGCUGUGUCUCUCACCCGUCGGUCUCUGUGUAUGCUCUCUGCAUUCUCAUUUCCUCUUAGAGAGACAUUGAGUGCAUUGGGUUAGGGGUUAUCCCAAUGACCUGCUUGUCCUGAAUUCCCCCUCUAAGGGCCUGUCUCCAAAUACAGACACACUCUGAGGUAUGAGGGUUCAGUUUGCAGAACAAAGGACCCUAAAUGCCCAAGUGCCCAGCUGGAUUGGAGGGAAGACAGGAUGAUGGGAAAUCGGGGUGGGGAAAGAAGGGCCUGAGGGACAACUAGGAACAAACACAUGUGGGCAGAACCCAUCCCAGGUUUUGCCUUGAGGAACCACAUCCAAGAGAAAGCGCCUCACACCAAACACGUGAAACUGGCAUGUCAUCACCGCUCUUCUAAAGCUUUGGCCAGCUUCCCUGAGCUGCUUUCCUGUCUGGAUCCCGAACAGUUAUCAGCCCCUUGGGGACAGAAACCCGGGUCUCCACCAUGGCCUGGUGUCAAUUCUGUCACUCGGGAAAGCUCAACCAAUAUUUGCAAGGGAUCGACUCCAUGUAGGAGACUCCUACAAAGGAAGUGGAGGACGCUUAGGACCUGGACUUACUUCAAUCUUACAAGGUUCUUUCUCUCACUUACAGAUGUGACUCUGAAGCUUAGCGACAGCCUCCACGGGUUGCCCCAUAGAGAGGGCGUCAGUCCGGGCAGUGUACCUCCAGAACCAGAGCCCUUCACUCUACUCUUAAACGACCCUUCCCUUCCUUCCUGUGGAUCUUCCACACCCUUGUCCAGUGCCUAGACAUCACCUAAUAGCCAGAAGAAGGACAGAAAAACUCCCUGAGGGAUUGUUGGCUUGGAUGAAGAGCUCAGAUUCCUUUCUCACUCAGAACUCCUUCUAGUGGCUGAGAUUAAAACCUUUGCAUGAUAGGAGUUCCCCUUAUGAUGCAGGUCCAGGAAUUCUCCUUCUGAGGACUCACCCAGAAGAACCGAAGGCACCCUCCAGAAGAAUUCUCUGUACAGCCUUGUUCAUGGCAGCGUUGCUCACGAGAGCUAGAACACGCAGCACCCCAAGUGCCCACGGACCAACGAAGGGCUGUCGGAGGUCGUGUGUACACACAGCAGCGUGUUGUUCAGCAUUAAGAAGGAAGGGAAUGCUAACACAUGCCGCACCGUGUGUCUACCUUACAGACGUCCUGCUAAGUAAGGGAGGAGCCUCCUCAACUCUGUCUAUGAUGUUGGGUCAGCGUGUUCGCCAAUUUGGUGAGAAACUGGUCCGAAGGCGGCCACUGGAGCCGAGGAACGAGUCUGAGAUUCCCACACCUCAUCUCAACAGCUUCGACCUAGUGGUCUUUGGUGUGAACAGAACCCUGAGGGCUGGUGUGUACAUCCUAGCUGGUGCCGUGGCUGUGUAUGUAACUGGGCCUGCGAUCAUUAUCUCCUUCUUGGUGGCUGGCUUAUUUGCCCUGUUGUCUGGAUUCUACUUUGCUGAGUUUGGGGCCCGGGUACCCUGCUGUGGUUCUGUGUAUCUCUACAGCUAUGUGACAAUGGGACAACUGCAUGCCUUCAUCACUGGCUGGAACAUCAUACUGCAUUUUGUUCUUGCCACCGCCUACUUGACCAGGGCCUGGAGCUACACCUUUGACAGCCUGAUUGGGAACCACAUCUCGCAGGUGUUAGAGGGAACGUUCUCUGAGCAUAUGCCCUCGUUCCUGGCCCCAUACCCAGACUUUGUUGCGCUGGCCCUGGUGCUGCUGAUGGCUGGGCUACUGAUUCUGGGCGUUCAUGUGACAGCUCGUGUUACCAAAGUGUCCACAGGUAUCAAUGCUUUGGUUCUCAGCUUCAUCAUCAUCUCUGGCUUCAUUAAGGGAGACCUGCACAACUGGCAGCUCACAGAACAGGACUACAAACUGGCCGCAUCUGGAUCCUCUGACAGCUAUAGCCUGGGCCCUCUGGGUUCUGGAGGGUUUGUGCCCUUUGGCUUUGAAGGGAUUCUCCGAGGAGCAGCUGUGCCUUUCUACUCAUUCUUUGGUCUCAAUGCCAUUGUCACUACAGGGAAAGAAACCCCCAACCCUCAGCGUUCCAUCCCUUGGAGCAUAGGGAUCUUCAUCUCCAUCUGCUUUUUGGCCUAUUCUGGUGUCUCAGCAGCUCUCACCCUCAUGGUGCCCUACUACCAGAUUCAUCCUUACAACCCCUUGCCGCAGGCUUUCCACCAUGUUGGGUGGGCUCCUGCCGGAUACUUCGUGGCUGUUGUCAUCCUGUGUGCUCUUUUUUACAGCCUCCUGGUUGUCAUGUUGACCAUGUCUCGGUUGAUUUGUGCAAUGGCAGAGGAUGGGCUCCUUUUCCGGGGACUUGGCAAAAUCUACGCCCGAAGAGGCACCCCCAUCGUGGCCAUCCUGGUUUCUGCAAUUCUUUCAGGGAUCAUGGCAGUACUUUUCGAGAUCCAUCAUCUUGUGGAACUCCUGUCAGUUGGGGUCUUGCUUGCUUACUUCCUAGUGGCUUUUUCUGUCCUGGUCCUCAGGUACCAGCCAGACCAGAGCUUCAGCAAGAAGGAGAAAGUAGAGGAGGAAACUGAGAUGGAGCCUAUAGUUGAAGGAAAUCCUUCACCAUCUGUACCUGAAGCAGGAACCUCAAACCCUCUAAAGAGUCUGUGUAACCCUAUCAGCACCACCCCGACUCUGAAAUCUGGCCAGAUUGUCUAUGGAUGUGCCUUCCUGCUGGUUCUCCUGCUGACCAUCCUGAGCCUGCUUCUGGCCCUGUGGCCCAGCCGCGUGUUUUCUGGAGACCCCGGGUUCACAGCAGGGGCUGUGCUGCUGCUGCUGCUCAUUAUGUGGAUCACUGUCAUCAUUUGGAGGCAGCCCCAGAACCCCUCUCCUCUUCACUUUAGGGUACUUUCUUUGCCUGUCUUCCCACUGAUCAGCAUCUUUGUGAACAUUUACUUGAUAAUACAGAUGACUACUGGGACUUGGGCCCAAUUUGGCAUCUGGAAUGCUGUUGGAUUUGCCAUAUACUUUGGAUAUGGGAUCCGACACAGCUUGGAGGAGAAGAGUGAUCAAAACCCACCAGCUUCCAACUUCCAUACUUUUGAUGAACACACCUCUAGUGCUAAAUCCUGUUAACUCCAGCAAAUAGAUGCUGUGUGGUCCUCUCCAAAAGGGGAAAUGUAUUCUGGUUCAAGGGACUUUUUGAGCCUCUAUGGAGUGUGACAUUGGGAUACAUGUAGAGCCUUCUAUUUAUUGCCACUGGACAGGAUGACUUUUAUGUAUAAUUUAAAGUAAACUUUUAAAAGUAUAACAUGCCUACAGAAAUGUGUAUGCUUCAUAAGUGUGCUCGCAAGAUGAAUUUUCACAAUUAAGUACUACAAUGUAACCAACAACAGAGGAAGAAAUGAACUGUUACCUUGCACAUAAGAAGCACUUCUUGGAGUCCCCGUCGUGGCUCAGCCAAAAUGACUCUGACUAGUAUCCAUGAGGACGCAGGUUCGAUCCCUGGUCUCACUCACUGGGUUAAGGAUUGGCUUUGGCUGUGGUGUAGGCUGGCAGCUGCGGCUCUGAUUUAACCUACAGUGUGGGAACUUCCACAUGCCAUGGGUGAGGCGCUAAAAAGCAAAGCAAAAAAAAAAAAAAAAAAAAGAAGCAGCACUCCAGGAAAAACCCAAAGAUUGCCACAAGAGAAGAAAAUGCAAGUAAGUCAAUGCUGUGUCAAGAGGUGUAUUUGAAAUAUUAGCACAUAAAUAUGUUGAAGUAAAAGGAAGAGAAAAAGUUGUGCAAACAGUAACAUGAGAAUGUUACAUAGCUAUCUUAAUUCCAGAUAGCUGGAAUUUAAAGUAGAGUUUAAGUAAAAAAAUAAUAACAUUUUAAGUGGGCCAUUUCAUAGUGAUAAAGCCACAUGAACAUUUUUAUCAUUUCUUCUAGAUUUGUUGACAUACAGUGUAACAUUAUGUAAAUAAUUAUUUUUCUUUACUUUUCUGUUACAGACUAUUGAGUUAUAGAAUAGAGUUGUUGAGGAAAAAUUAUUAAUUGGAAAAAAACAAAAACAAAAACCCCAAACCCCCAGAUCCUGUCUUGCCAGAGGUUAGGGGAAGGUGAUGAUAAGUCAUGGUUGGUUGAUAAAGAGUUAUUGUUGUGUGCACCUGAAAAAUAGGAAGUGAAACUGAAAGUCAGGAUGAAAAGUUGUUGCCGCAGAACCGAAGGCUUGGAAUGGAGACGAUGAACAUUGAAGAUGUUGGCAAUAGUGGAGUUUGGGACAGUCCAUGGGAAUAAACAGCUGAAGCAGAGUGAAGGACGGAUGGAGGUCAAGUUACUGAGAACCGGAGUGAUGAGAAGAAUUAGAAAAAAAUAGAUGGAGGAGGAUGAACAGAAUUAGAAAGAUCACUACCUUGCAAGCUCUAAGGAAAUCAUGGUUUUAGGAAGCAAUGAAUGGAAACUGAAAUUAUUGAUGGAAACAGUGGCUGUCUCCCAAUUAUCAUUCUUCCCUUGCUAAUGUGGGACAGACAGAUCUCAUGUGCUGCCCACUGUGCUGUCACCGGCAAUGCAGAACCCUACCCCAAAACAGUCUGAAGGAAGUUGAACCAGAAUGUAAUCCAGCCUCUAGAUCAACUACCAGCUUAUGUAGAUCUAAGGGGUAGAUUCACAUUUCAACUGAAAACACGAUUAGCCAAAGCCAGAAUGUGGGCAAUUCUCCAGGAAAGAAGAUGGUGCAUUGUCUAUAACAAUUAAAAGAUAUGACCCAACCUGGAGAGCUAAUAUAGGCAUACCUCUGAGCUAUUGCUGGCAAUCGAGAUUAUGGCCAUAAAGGGAGCCACACAUUUUUUUUUUUAGUUUUCCAGUGUACAUGAAAGUUAUAUUUAGGAGUUCCCUGGUGGCUAAGUGGUUUAAGGACCUGGUGCUCUCACGUCUGUGGAACGAGCUUGAACCCUGGCCUGGGUAUUUCUGAUUGCUGCAGUUUUAAUUUUAAAGAAAGUGGUGUUUAAAAGAAAAGUUAUGAAGUUCCCAUUGUAGCUCAGCAGGUUAAGGACCCAACUAGUAUCCAUGAGGAUGUGAAUUUAAUCCCUGGCCUCCAUAAGUGGCUUGGGGAUCUGGCAUUGCCUUGAGCUGCGGUGUAGGUCACACGUGUGGAUUGGAUCCUGUGUUGCUGUGGCUGUGGUGUAGGCCGGCAGCUGCAGUUCCAAUUUGACCCCUAGACUGGGAACCUCCAUAUACCACAGGGUGGGCCCUAAAAAGAAAAAAAGUUAAGUUUGCACUAUACUGUAGUCUAAAGCAUUCUUUCUAAAAAAAAAAAAACCAAAAAAAACCCCCAUGUAUAUACCUUAACUUAAAAAUAUUUUAUUGCUAAAAAAUGCUAUCCAUCAUCUGACAACACAGACUUGCCACAAACCUCAAUUUGUAAGAAAUACAAUAUGUGAAGAACAAUAACACAAGCUAUGCCUGUUUAUAUGUAUGUAUGGAUAUGUAUUAAAAUUUGUUUACGUAUAGUUAGUAUGCACAUAAUAUGUAUAUAUGUAUAAAAUGUAUGUUAAAGUUUGUUUAUCUGAAAUUCACUGUAUCUAAUUAUCAUGUAUCAUAUUCGCUCAAUUUGACAGUGUUGGUCAGUUGCUUACCCAUGACACACUUCUGGACCUGAGUCACUUUAGCUAAUUAUUAACUUCUCAGGGAGUUCCCAGUGCAGCUCUGUGGUUAAUGGCCUGACUAGUAUCCAUGAGGACAUGGGUUCGAUCCCUGGCUUUGCUCAGAGGUUAAGGAUCCUGUGUUGCCGUGAGCUGUGGUAGAGGUUGCAGACGCAUCUCGGAUCUGGCGUUGCUGUGACUGUGGCAUAGGCCAGUGGCUACGGCUCUAGUUUAAGCCCUAGCCUGGGAACCUCCAUCUGCUAAGGGUGCGGCCCUAAAAAGACAAAACAAAACAAAAUACUUCUCAGGCUCUGGAAUGAGCUCAUGGUGGGUGAAGGGCCAGACACCACCACGGAUGACUCAUUAUUUUCUCAUCCUGCCACUAAAAUGUCAGCUACUUGAGGGCAGAGGUUUUGCAGACUUGGUCACUGUUGUAUCCCCAUCUUUAGAGGAACGUGUGGUGCUUGGCACAUUAGUAGGUGUAUCAUUGAUACGCGUCUAGGCAAUGAAUUAUUUUAGUGAUGUUAUUGCAACUAGAAUAAAUUAUCAAUGACA